AGGGCGGAGCUCCAGAUAGAUGAGCACUCAGUGGGCGGAGCUCCUCACAGAUGAGCGCUAAGGGGGCGGAGCUCCAGAUAGAUGAGCACUCAGUGGGCGGCGCUCCUGACAGACGAGAGUACGGAGGCGGAGCUUACAGACGGUCAUUGAUCAGACAGACGGCAGAAGGACAGCAGGUGUUAAAGAAGAUGAUGGAUUCUGUCACAGGAUUGAUUUCUGGGGCGGCAGGGGGCGGAGCUCAGGCGAAUGAGGGCGUGGAGGAAGGGGGCGGAGUCCGGCGGCGAGUCCCGGCCGUUGAGCUGAAGCUGGUCCCGCUGGAGGAGGGGUCAGAGGUCACGCUGAACAGUGACAUCACCAGCGCAGUGAUGCUGCAGCAGCAGAUGGACCGCAGGAAAGCAGUCGUCUACCUGACUCUGAGCGGCCUGCUGAUCUUCACCACAGCGUUCCUGCUGGGAUACGUGGCAUUCCGUGGAAUGUGUCGUCUGUGCGGGAACGACGGCGAUCUGAUUCCUCUGAGCGACGCGCCGGGAGCUCAACACUCGCCCGAGGGGGGCGUCAUGUACAUGGCAGAGCUCAGAGAGAUGCUGAAGAAAUACCUGAAGGAGGAGAGGAUUGAGAACACGCUCAGGCGUGUGAGUCGGGCGUCUCAUCCUCCGGGGUCCUCAGAAGGAAACGCGGUGGCCAGAGAAAUCCUUCAGAACCUGCAGAACCUGCGCAUGGAUCACACCUGGACCGACUCGCACUACGCCACGCUGCAGUUUCCCUCCAGGACGCAGCGGAACGCGCUCUGGUUGGUGGAUUCUGAGGGGGCGGAGCUAGAGGAGAUUCAGCUGGACAGCGAGGGAUACUGCGCCUACAGCGCCACGGGAAAGGCCACGGGAGGCGUGGUGUACGUGAACUACGGCCGGCGCGAGGACUUCGAUCAGCUGCGUGCGAUGGGCGUCGCCCUCAACGGCUCCAUCGCCGUGGCGCGGGUGGGUGGAGCCGUGAGCUUCGCCGAGAAGGUGUGGCAUGCACAGGAGGCGGGGCUUGUGGGCGUUCUCAUCUACCCCGACCCCGCCGACGUCCCGCAGGAUCCACGACGACUCGGCCUCCACAGCAACGCCGUCAUCUCUGAACACGUGCAUCUGGGCUCCGGUGACCCGUUCACACCUGGAUUUCCCUCCUUUAACCACACCCAGUUCCCUUCCACCCAGUCCUCAGGCCUGCCAAUCAUCCUGGCUCAGCCAAUCAGCGCCAACGUCGCUUCCAAGCUGCUGAGUCAGCUGUCCGGCGCUGGUUGUCCGCGGGGCUGGCAGGGCCGUUUACCGUACGUUCAGUGUGUUUUGGGGCCCGGCUUCACGGGGCCCGGCGAGCGCAGGGUGAAGAUGGCCGUCUAUAACACCAUGAAGCCGGUGCUGCUCAACAACAUCUUCGCCUCCAUCGAAGGCAAAAACGAACCCGAUCACUAUAUCAUCAUCGGGGCCCAGAGGGACUCGUGGGGCCCCGGAGCCGUGAAGUCUGGAGUGGGGACGGCCCUCCUGAUGGAGCUGGCCAGAACCUUCAGCAACAUGGUGGAAAACGGCUUUUACCCCAGACGCAGUUUGCUUUUCGUCAGCUGGGAUGGAGGAGAUUUUGGUAAUGUUGGUGCCACCGAGUGGCUGGAGGGUUAUCUGACCAUGUUGCACCUGAAAGCAGUGGCGUAUUUCAGUCUGGAUCAGGCCAUCCUGGGUGAUGAUAUCCUCUCGGUCUACACCAGUCCUCUGCUCGCCGAUCUCAUCGAAGGAGCCCUCAAACAAGUGGAGCAUCCCAAACACACGGGUCAGUCGAUUCUGUCUCUGGUGCGGCGGCAGGGCGGCUGGAGGAACAUAGUGAAGCCGUUGUAUCUGAACAGCGGCGCUUACAGCUUCACCGCCUUCGGAGGAGUUCCUGCCAUGCAGCUGCAUUUCACUGAAGACGCUCGUUCGUACCCGUUCGUCAACACUCAGCUGGACAGCGUGGGGCGUCUGCAGGAGCUUCUUCAGGGUCGUCUGGGGUCAGUGGGUCGAGCCGUAACUGAGCUGGUGGGUCUGAUGGCCCUCAAACUGUCCCAUGAUCACAUCCUACCACUGGACGUCACCUGCUACAGCAACACAGCACAGCAGCUGAGCUCCACACUCAACCAGCACACCAAACAGCUACAGUCGCGUGGUUUGUCUCCGCAGUGGGUUUUCAGCGCUCGAGGUGAUUACAGCAGAGCUGCCAAAAACCUGCACGAGGCCAUAAAGAACAGCGACAUUCAGGACGAGAGGCUCGCCAGACUCUACAACACACGCAUUAUGAGGGUGGAGUACUACUUCCUGUCGCAGUACGUGUCGGUGGUGGAGACACCGUUCCGUCACGUGUUUCACGGCCGUGGCGAUCACACUCUGAGCGCGCUGGCCGAUCACCUGUCGCUGCUGCACUCCGCGCCGCACCUGUUCGACGAGGCUCGUUUCCGUCGCCAGCUGGCGCUCUUCACCUGGACGCUUCAGGGCGCCGCCAACGCGCUCAGCGGAGACGUCUGGAACAUCGACAACCCGCUCUAGAGCUCCACACACAGCCUUCAGCAUCUAUUUAUCCAGCAACAACUCGAAUCCCAUUACAUGGAGUGUGUUUUCAUACAGUCAAACCAAAAUAUAUUCAGACACCGUCAACAUUUCUCACAUUAUCACAGUUUAUUCGCUAUAGUUUAGAAAAUGUUAAUAAAAUAUAUGACAAGAACAAGAACAAAUUCAUCUUGAUGUUAGAUAACUUUGAUAGAAAGGUAUGUAAUGAGUUAGGCUGAAUAUAAGGGUGUGCGAUAUAUAUCUUCUGCAAUAAUAUUGUAAUUGUUGUUUUAACAAUGUGCGAUUAGACAUUAUCGAGUAUUUAGCAAAAACCAUUUAAAACACCCCUACAGGGUGCAUGCAUACAAUACGCUGAGUCUAGAUUAGUGCGCAUUUAUAGUGUGUUCUUUCACUGCAUGUUUCAGUCUAUUAAAAUAUAUUUAGAAUGAUCACAACAUUCUAAAUAUGGGGACAGAAAAUGUAUAUAUUUAUAUAAUUUCAUAUAGUUAAUCAAUAUCACACGAAGAGUACCGUUUUUUUCUCCAAAAAUUACCGUGAUUACUAGGGAUGCAGUGAUACCGUUUUUUCAGAACCGAUCCGAUACCGAAAAUUCUGAGUAUCUGCCGAUACUGAUCUGAUACCAGCGCUUUUUUUUUUUUUAAAUCAAUGUCGAAUUUCUAUACUACUUUGUGUUUACGUGAUCAUCACUCUUUUGUGUGUUAUACAAUCUACUAAAUAUAGACAACUUAAUUUUAAUGAAAAAUGGCAAAUGAAAAAAAUACAUAGUCAUAAUCAAAAAUACUAUUAUAAGGUUAGUGGAUAAUUCAGCAGCAAAAGUUACUCUAGAAAAAUCAUGGGCACACAAUAAUUUUAUAAAAUCUAUUAAUUUAGUGAAACAACAUUAUUUAGUAUACAACAUUAUCGCAUCCAAAAUAAAAGUUUUUGUUUACAUAAUAUAUGUAUGUGUGCUGUGUGUAUUUAUUAUGUGUAUAUAUAAACACACACACAUGCAAGUAUAUAUUUCAGAAAAAUAUGUUAUGCUUAUAUAUGAAAUAUAUUUAUUUAUAAUAUAAAUUAUAUGAAUCUAAAUGUAGACAUGUAAAUAUUUUCAAAAUAUAUACUGUGUGUGUGUAUUUAUUUAUACACAAUAAAUAUACACCGUACACACAUAUUAUGCAACAACAACAAAAAAAAACCUUUUAUUUUGUAUGUGAUUAAUCGUUUGACAGCACUAUUAUAAAUAUAUACUAUAAAAUUAAAAGACAUUUCUUUUAAAUGUAUAACACAGUAAAGAAGGCAACAACAUAUGAUAGAUAGGACAGAACCAGGAAGACUAUUAAUAAUCUUUCAUUGCGCAAAAGUAUUAUAAUACGAAAGGCUCCAACACAGAGCGACACAAAGCGCUUAUGCGCAUCCCGUGCAUAGAAUGAUGCGCUUGAAGCAACACGGAGUCGCAGUGCUCCGCAUAGAGAAGUUCAAAGCACAAAGACAAGAGAUACUGAUGCAUAGUGUAUUAAAUUUGUGCAAUAGUUUAUUGAGUCUUUUCUUUUAACAGUUUUAAAUCUCAGUUAUUGUGCGCUCUUGAAGAGAGUGUCAUUGUCUUGACUGUCGUAACUGAACGCGACACGCAGUUUGAACGCUGAAUGGAUGCAGCGGAGAGAAGAGUUCACGUCAACUUGAAUUUAACGACUUAAAUAUUCAUCUGUACCUCGCGCAGAACUAUGGAACAGUUUCAGAACCCUUCAAAUAUAGUGCACGAAAACUAUAUGGUGCUUUAUGUUUUUGUGCCUUUUGUGGGGCUUAACAAUAACACAGAAUAGUACACGCACAAUAUCGGAUUUGGAUCGGUCUCGUCUGACCGAUACCCCUAUCCGCAGAAAAUGCCAGUAUCGGAGCCGAUACCGAUACGGAGUAUCGGAUCGAUGCAUCCCUAGUGAUUACAAAUGUAGUUUUUACAACAGUUCAACAAGUUAAUUAAGAGACUUAUGUUUUAGACACCAUAUUGCCUGUUUUUGCACCUAUUUCGAAAACAAAUAUAAUUCCAAACACAGCCUCAGCGCUGUUUUGCGUCUCUGAGCAACAUGACAGUGUUUUGUUCCUGAAUGAAUCAACCGUUUAAAUGAUUCGGUUCAGUCUCAAUGACUCACUUAAUAACAGUGACUUGCUGCCACCUGCUGGUGGUUUUAAUUUUUAUUAAAUAUUUACGUUGAUAAAUUUUGUUGAUACUGAUGUCAUUUGCUUGGUAACAGCCCAAAUGUUGUCUUAUGCUAAUUCACUGAUUAAAUGUAAGAAUUUGACUCAAAAUAUAACUUUUAGGAAAAAUGGCUUUAUAAAGGUAAAAAUGCCCAAAAAAAGGUAAAAACCAAUUUAAACUUAUUGGAAAAGAUUAAUUUCUAUCAGUGUUGAAAUGACCAUCACACAGAAUAUGAAGAAUAUCAAACACUUUAGGAGUCCUUAAGAUACCAGCAAAAAAAUAUUCUCUAAUUAUCGUUAUCGAUAAACUCCCAGAAAAUAUCGAGAUAUUCUUUUUUGUCAAUAUCACUCACACCCACAUUUUUGGUACCAAUUUCUUUUCAAUUUUAAUGGUAGUCCACUGUAUGAAGAAUUUUUGGGUAUAAUAUGUCACAGUUUACUUUAUUUUGCUAUCCACACUUACAUAUGCCAACUAUAGUGUCCUGCACCCACUAGUAAAAAAAAAAUCAAAAA